AUACACGAUAUAUUUACCGUACCCAAGUACUUCAGCUCUGCAAUCAACUCUGUCCUCAAGACUACUCGCAGCCAAAACACAUUAAGAUGCUGGCCUCCAAGCCCGUUGUUGGCGUCCGCGUGCGCAGCUCCACCGCCUCGACGGUGGCUCGCGCCAACAUCCGCUCGCUGGCGGUCUCCUCGCGCGUGGCGCUGUCCGGCGGUGUGUGCCAGGUGCCGACCUCGGUCGUCGCGCCCGCUCCCAAGUCCACCCAGUCUACCAACGCGCCCCGCCGCAAGCCUGUGACGAUGAUGGGCAACAAGGCUACCACUGGCCCCUUCGCGCCUCUGGUCAUCGUUGUUCGCGGUGCCAUGGGCGAGAAGCCAUUCAACAACUUCCGCGGCAAGGCCAUCUCUUACCACUCGCAGAUUAUCAAGGACUUCUGCAAGCUGCUUGGCGUUGACAACAAGCAGGUGCAGGGCGUCAUCCGCCUGGCGAAGAAGAACGGCGAGAAGCUGGGCUUCCUGGCUUAAGCGUGUGUGGCAGCCGGUCUGUGACAACGUCGCCCUCUGCGGCGUCGGGGUUGUGGACGGUGUCUUUUGACCUUUAAUGACCUCAUUGCUUGACUGGUGAAUAUUCAGUUGUGAGCAAAUGACUGCUGGCCUCGUGCGUGAGGGGCCCGUGGUCUGGUGAGCCCAGGUCACCUGCGUGUGGGGGCCAGCGGGGGCUGAAGCCUGCGUGGCAGCCCUCCUGCAGGAUCAUCGCGCUUGCAACCAACACAUACACACAGGAACUGAAGAUUGACCUCAAAAAGUUUUGUGAACGCGUAUGUAAUUGUCGGUUUCAUUGAUUGUUGAGUGUGAGCGCGCCUUGAUGAGUGGAUGCGUGACGUGUGAAUGUGUUUCUAUAGUGCGUUUCCCGAGAUGAUACUGAUCGAUCCAGAGCGGAUACGAAGGGGUCUUAGGUAUACGCACCGGCGGACAGAUUGGCCGCCGUCUAGAGAAGAGAAAUAGAGACGUACCGUGAUGCGGCCGUACCAAGUGCUGGGAGUGCCUGCAGACGCGCGGUAGAUACAAUAUGUAGAGUAUACGGUAUGCGUACACUAAAGCAAGCGGGAAGGUAUGGAGGAGGACGCAAGAAGGUGCAUGAUGUAACAAUCCAGAUUG